AUGGGGGUGCUCAGAGUGGGACUGUGCCGCCUCACCCAGGAGAUGAUCCAGCUGCUCAGGGGCGCGGGCAUCAAGACAGUGGUGGACCUUGUCUCUGCAGACCUGGAAGAAGUAUCUCGGAAAUGUUCCCUGUCUUAUAAGGCCCUUGUGGCUGUGAGACGAGUAUUGCUGGUUCAGUUCUCCUCUUUCCCCUUCAAUGGUGCUGACCUCUAUGAAGAACUCAAGACCUCCACAGCGAUCCUUUCGACAGGCAUGGCAAGACUGGACAAGCUGCUGGACUCUGGUCUCUACACUGGGGAGGUCACUGAAAUCACCGGAGCCCCAGCCAGUGGCAAAACCCAGGUGUGCCUCUGCACCGCUGCCAACGUGGCCCACAGCCUGGGUCAGAACGUCCUGUACAUCGACUCCACCGGAGGCCUGACAGCCUCCCGCCUCCUUCAGCUGCUUCAGGCCAAGACUGAGGACGAAGAGGAGCAGGCAAGGGCUCUGCAGAGCAUCCACGUGGUGCGUGUGUUUGACAUCUUCCAAAUGCUGGAUAUGCUACAGGACCUCCGGGGUAGCAUCUCGCAGCAGGUGACCAGUGCUUCGGGGCCAGUGAAGAUAGUGGUGGUGGAUUCAGUCUCUGCAGUUGUCUCCCCUCUCCUGGGGGGCCAGUACAGUGAGGGUUUGGCCUUAAUGAUGCAGCUUGCCCGGGAGCUCAAGACCCUGGCCCGGGAACUGGGAAUAGCCGUCUUGGUGACAAAUCACGUGACCAGGGAGAGAGACAGUGGGGUGCUCAAGCCCGCCCUAGGACGUUCUUGGAGUUUUGUCCCAAGCACUCGAGUGCUCCUGGAAGCCCGGGAAGGGUCCCAAGUCCCACAUGGCUGCCGGGUGGCCUCCCUGACCAAGUCUCCAAGACAGCCCACAGGAAUCCAGGAGGUGGUAGAAAUCGGAAGUUGGGGGACCCCAGAGCUGAGCCCAUCGUUAGAGAGAAACAAGCCAUAAUCUCAUCACCCAUUUGGAACAUGAAUAGGCCUCCAAGGCUCCAGCCAUCCAGUUUCCAGAGAGGAAACUGGAGCAGUCACAAAGGAGACAGAAAAGCCGUGGUGUCAAAGGAUUGGACCAGGUCCCAGAAGGGAAAACCUGAGCUCAGAUCUCGCCUAUGAUCCUGUGAACCUGAGUCAUGGGCUUCCCCUCCCUAGGCCUCAGUUUCUUCUUCUGUAAAAUGGAUUAGAUGGUCUCUGGGGUCCCUUCCAAUUCUACAUCUGUGAUCCAUCCUCUGUGUAGUUGUUGGAGUUAAAGGUGGUCCAGGGCAUGAGGGAUCCAGAGUAUAAUCCUCCAGCUACCUCACCUGACUUCGAAAGGGAAGGGCGUCAUUCCUUGUGGGAGAUGCUUAGAGCCACAGGUGAGCAAGAGAAUCUGAAGCUGUGCCCUGCUCUGGUUAUAUCGUUUCUCUGUCUGUCUCUGGGAGCCAUCGGCUGAAAUGAGCUCAUCUUUGGCAUCCUUGGAGAUGGAAACCAACAGUUGGAUCCAUGGUUCUUGCCGCUUAGGGUCAUGAUCAGUUGUUUCUGUCCCAUGUCCCCACCCCACCCCGCCUCAGUUUCCCCAAACUGGGAACCAGGGCUGGCACAUCACUGUGAGAGGAGCUGCUUCUCAGUGCUUUGGGUGGAAAUGAUUCCUUCCCUUUGUCCUUGGCCUCAAUAACAGGAAAGAAAUCUAGUAAGCAGCUCUGACCCAAAGCUACCUGAUUUCCCUUCAAUGAGAUGUUUAUCCUUUUCUCCCUGUGAGGUCCCCAUAAGACCUCUUUCCUCCUUUCUCUUCUGGCUGAUUUGGUUUCACACACACCUGCGUGUGUCUCUGUGCUAAAACAGAGGUGAGAAACCAAGUUCUCCUGUUGUCCCAGGGAUAUAAUUUAACCAGGAGAAGAGAUGCGACCUGCUGCUGCUGAAUAUGGCUGCCUGUUUGAUAUACGGGGUGCCCCGGGGGGCCCAUUCCCAUUUCAGAAUAAGCAAAGGCGGUAAACCCUGGCUGUGUCCAUAAACGAGGAGAAUGAGUUCACCCAAGAUGGACAGCAGGGAAAAUUAAUACCGCUGUAAAUAAUACAUAGUCCAUAAUGUCCUUUAUGCAGAAAUUCAUUGCUUAUAGCUCAGGGACCCACUAUAAUUAUACCACAUGUCUCUGCCAGCUGUACCCCAGCUUCCCACCCCUGUGGGCAUGAAAUCAGCCCCUGCUGGUCACCAGUACCAGAGCCAUCAGGGUGGAAUCUGGAACCAGGGAAGGAACCCAAGAUAACAGAAGGGGGCAAAUAAAAGGCAAAUGGGGGAAUCCUGCAGCUGUAUUUUUUCUUUAAAGUCUUACUUUCUGUCUUAGAAUUGAUAUAAAAUAUCAGAUCCAAGGCAGAAGAGUGGUAAGGGCCAGGCAAUUGGGGGUAAGUGACCUGUCCAGGAUCAGGGCAAGUCAUUUAACCCUGUUUGCUUAGCCCUUGCCCUUCUGACUUAAGAGUGAAUACAAAGACAGAAAGUAAGGAUUUAAAAUAAAAGGGAUGGGGGGCAGCUAGGUAGUUCAGUGGGAUAGAGAGCCAGGCCUGGAGAUGGAAAGUCCUGGAUUCAAAUUUGGCCUCAGAUACUUCCCAGCUGUGUGACCCUGAGCAAAUUGACUCAAAUUACCUAGCCUUUGCCCUUCUGUCCUAGAGUUAUUACUAAGAUAGAAAGUAAUGGUUUAAAAAAAGGAGGGGGGCUGUCAAACACAACUGAGGUGGGACUAUACUGGAGAGAGAAAGAUAAAAUCAACAUAGUUCCUGUAUUAAGGAACUUUCUGCUUGGAGAGGAGAGAGUGGCUAUCAUGCCCUAAAUACACGGAAGAACAUUCAUGGUUGACUUAGCUGACUUUAAGUAGAUAAACACAAAAUAGAAUGAACUUUUAGGAGGAGGUAGUCAGAUGAUAUAAUACAGUGAUUCUCAAGCUUUUGGUCUCAGAACCCCUUUACAGUCUUCAAAAUUACUGAGGAUAGCAAAGAGCUUUUUUUUUUUUAAAAUAUGGGCUAUAUUUAUCAACUUUUACCAUAUUAGAAGUUAAAACCAAAUUUAAAAUAUUUAUUCAUUUUAAUAAUAAACUCAUUACAUGUUUUUAUAAGUAACAUUUUCAUGGGAAAAUAACCAUAUUUUCCAAAACAAAGACGAUUUAGUGAGAAUAAUAUUGCUUUCUUUAUUUCUGUAAGUCUCUAAUAUCUAGCUUAAUAAAGACAGCUGGAUUCUCCUAUCUGCUUCUGCAUUCAGUCAGCUGGGAUAUGUUAUUCUGGUUGUAGUGUAUGAAGAAAAUUAUGCUUCAUAUACUUAUGUAACUGGAAAAGGGAAGAGUAUUUAAACAAAUUUAUUUAAAUGAUAUUAUUGUGAAAAGGCAACUAAGUAGCACAGUGGAUAGAGUGCCAGGCCAAGAGUCAGGAAAACCUGAGAUUUGAGAUCAGACACUAGUUGUGUGACCCUGAGCAAGUCACCUAGCCCUGUUUACUUCCUCUGUAAAUUAAGAUGGAGAAAGAAAUGCCAAACCACUCCAGUAUCUUUGCUAAGAAAAUCCUCAAAGAAGUCACAAAGAAUCAGACACAGCUGAACAAUAGUUAUUAUGAAUCCAUUCAAGGGGUUUGAGAAAUAAAAACUAUUUUAAUAAUAAUGGUUAGACCCACACUGAGCCUUUCUGGAAUGGACAGAAUAUUAAUUUGGAGUCAGGAAGACUUAAAUCCUGCCUGAGGUACCAUCUGAGUGACCCUGGACAUCACUGAAACUCCUUUGGCCUCAGUUUCCUUCUUUAUAAAAUAAAGAUAAUAAUUACACCAUCA